AUGCCUCGCGAAGCUGAGAUCUCUAUCAAUGAGCGCGAGUUCAUCAAGCAAGCGCUGCAAGAGCAGAUCCGUCUCGAUGGGCGAGCCUUCGACGCAUUUCGCAAAGUAGAGCUCACGUUUGGAGAAGAGUACGGCGUUGCAGAUGUGCAGUUGGGCAAGACGAGAGUCGUUGCGCGCAUUUCCAUAGAUGUGACAACGCCACUACCUGAGCGCAAGUUCGAUGGUGUCUUUCAGAUUGUCACAGAGUUCUCGCCAAUGGCUUCUCCAGCAUUUGAAAUUGGUCGACCAACAGACGCCGAAGUCAUUCUUUCGCGCAUACUAGAGAAAGCCAUUCGCCGCUCGAAUGCCCUUGACACCGAGUCACUUUGUAUUAUUGCGGGCCUGAAAUGCUUCGCCCUACGCGCCGACGUACAUGUCAUCGACCAUGACGGUGGACUCAUCGACGCUUCGUGUAUUGCGGUCAUGGCUGCUUUGCAACACUUUCGAAGGCCGGACGUACUAGUCGAGGGAGAGAAGGCAACAGUCCUCAGUGUCCGCGAGCGCGAUCCCAUCCCACUAUCCAUCCUACACCAGCCGCUUUGUGUGACCUUCUCGUACUUCGCAGAGGGCGAGCUCUUCUUGGUCGACGCAAAUUUGGCUGAAGAGCAGGUACGACAAGGAGAGAUUACUAUCACAAUGAACAAGCACGGCGAGAUAUGUCAAAUUGCAAAGUAUGGAGGAGCAACAGUGAACCCACUGGCCAUGUUGCAGUGCACCAACGUCGCCCUGCAAAAGGUCAAAGAGAUGAGCAAGUUCAUUCAGCAGAAAUUGGACGAGGACGCAAAGCGAAGGGAUGCAGGAGGUCUGAUGGCCGAGCUCAGUGCUGAGAAUGCCAGGUGA